AAACAUGUCGCGCAUCUUGUCAGUUGCGCGGAGAUGUUACAAGACGAAUUGAAAUUGUACGUAAUUACAAAACAAAACAAAAAAAACAAAAAAAUAAAUAAAUAAACGCUCGGUGAGAGAAAACGGAAGCUUCGGUGAAGUUCGCGCGUUUUAUAUCCUGCGGUUUUUAAUCAGAAAAUCGUAUCGUCCUUCGUUUCCGCGCGUUCUUCGAAUCGUCACACACACACACACGCGCGCAACAAUAUCAGAAGCAAAAACAAGCUUCCGGCAGCGAUUUCUUGCAAUAGAGCAACAUUAUCCGACUUCAUACCAACCAGCCGGGGUAGUGUACUAGAACGGAUACCUAUCUACGUAAGACCAGACCGGCCCGAGAGCCCCACAGCUUGCGACAGUUGUUGUUUGGUGGUUCUGAAGGAGUCAUCUCGGCCUUGUGCACGACGACGUCUCUCUCUCUCUCUCUCUCCCCGCGCCGAAGAAGAAGGAAACUUUUCUGAACUUCCUGAAGAAGUUUCGAAAAAUCGUAUCUCGUCGAGUUGGAUCGGUUCGAGGGAACCCGAGUUUUUGAGGAAGAUUCUGAGGACAGCAACCGUCAAUAGCGUCGUCGAGGAAAUUGUCGAGAGAAGAACGAAAAAAAAAAAGCUAGAAAAAGAAACGAUCGUGACGUUAGUUGUGACAUUUUCACGAUGGUGGACCUGAAGAGCGCUCUGGGCGCUAACGAACUCACCGACACGAAGGCCGGCCUUCCCCGCGCCUUUCUGGCAGAGUUUCUCGGCACUAUGCUGCUCAACUUCUUUGGCUGCGGUUCCGUGGUGACCGGAAGCGUGGUCGCCAUCAGCUUAGCGUUCGGUCUGACGGUUGCGACCGUAAUUCAAGGAAUAGGUCACGUUUCCGGCGGUCACGUCAAUCCGGCAGUCACAUUCGGUCUUAUUGUCGUCGGCAAGGUGCCGAUUAUCAGAGGCAUCCUGUACGUCGUGGCGCAGUGCGUGGGCGCCAUCGCGGGCUCGGCUAUACUGAGAGCACUCUCGCCGGAAACGAUGGAAACUGUGCUGGGCGUAGUGAAGCUCUCCGAAGGCAUCACCCCCGUCCAAGGAUUCGGAGUGGAGUUCUUGCUCGCGUUUAUCCUCGUGCUGGUGGUUUGCGGCGCGUGCGACGCCGCUAAACCGGACAGCAAGGGCGUCGCGCCCCUCAUAAUCGGCCUGGCCGUCACCGUCGGCCACAUCGUUGGCGUACAGCGUACGGGCGCCGGAAUGAAUCCAGCGCGUUCCCUGGGCAGUGCGGUGGUGAUGAACAGCUUCCACGAUCACUGGCUUUACUGGGUGGGUCCGAUUCUCGGCGGAAUCGCAGGCGCGCUCGUCUACGUGCACGCGGUCGGUCCCGCGAAAGAACCAGAAAUGCCCGCCAAGACUUACGCCUCCGUUGCUACCGAGGAAAAGGAGCUGCAGACUCUUUCCGGCAAGAGAAACAUCAGUCACGCUUGACGCUAAAUCGUAACCGAAUUUUUGCACGUCUUUUGCGGCAAAACACUUUGCAAAAAAAAAAAUUUUUUUCUGUUUUCAAUGAUAUCUUCCAUCGCAAAAUGUUUCGCUGACACGUCGACAUCACGUGCGUUGUUCGACGCAAAUGCGUAGAUCGCGAUGCAUUUUAAUAACAUUUUAACGAUCGAUCGAAAAAAUACCAAGCUGAAUUCCCACCGCGCUUUUAAUUCAUUAAAAAACGCACACGCGCUUUCAAUUUAAUUAAAACACUACGCAAUUUGCAUACAUAUCGCGCGCGUACAUUAUUUUCUGAUGGUUACUUAAUUAGUGAGACUGUGAACGUGCGAGCAAGUUUUUUUUUCUUUUUUCAAGAUUAUUAAUAUAAUUUACUUUAAUAAUCUAUUCGUGUAUUCGCGCGACUUUUUUCGAUUAGUUUUUUUGCGAUCGGAUCGCUGGAAACGCGUCGUCGCAAGAAAUCAUCCGAGAUAUUUUUUUACAUUUUAUGUGUUUAGUAUCGCGAGAAACUCUCUCUAAAAAAAAAAAAAAAUCCUA